CAGCUGUUUUUGUUUACGCGGCAUAUUAUCCAACACAUUUUACAAUGUUUUGCGGCCAGAGUUUAGUUAAUAAUUUUUUCAAAUAUAAGAGAAAAGUGUGGCAGAAUGUAAAUCUUAUGACAAAGCACUGCAAUAGCACCGACCAUCCACCGAAAAUUCUGUUUUUUGGCACCGACAACUUUUCUCUGCCCAGUUUGCAGGCGCUACACAAAAAUUGCAGCCAUCGUGAUUGUCUGGGAGUGGUAACAUCCUUUAAAAGUCCGGCCAAUUCGGUGAGGAGCUACGCCGAGAAAGAGAAACUCCCUUUGCAAAAGUGGCCCAUAGAACCAUCUGAGUGUUCAAAAUUUGAUCUGGGUGUAGUUGUUUCCUUUGGCCACCUGAUACCUGCUAAUAUAAUCAAUGGAUUCCGCCAUGGAAUGAUCAAUGUACAUGCUAGUCUGCUACCCAAAUGGCGAGGUGCUGCUCCAAUUAUUUAUGCCAUUAUGAAAAGAGAUACCAGCACUGGCGUUUCCAUUAUGAAAAUCGAACCCCAUCAUUUUGAUAUAGGAGCUAUUUUAGCCCAACGGGAAGUGGCUAUAAAACCAGAUGUCUUCAUGCCCGAAUUGCAUGCCUCUUUGGCUUUGUUAGGAGCUGAUCUACUGGUGGAUACCGUAAACAACCUGUCAGAGAGACAAAAAGAAGCCAAAUCCCAGGAUAAAGCAAAAGCUAGCUAUGCUCCCAAGGUCACAAACAAAAUCACGGAGAUCAACUGGUCGGAGCUUAGUGCACUGGACAUAUACGCUCGUCAUAGAGCUUUGUAUGGCUAUAAAAAUCUAACCACCAACUUUUUGGGCAAGCUAGUGCAGCUGCUUGAGUUACGAUUACCGGAAAAGUCACUUAUAACGCAAAAACCUGGCAAUUUCAUCUAUCAAAGGAAGAGUAAAUCACUGCUGAUAGGAUGUGCUGAAGAAACUCAAUUGGAAGUUCUUCAACUGAGAAUAGAAGGUAAAAAACCAAUGAGUGCUCAGGACUUUAACAAUGGUUUCCUCAAGCAAGCCAUGUCCCUUAGUUUUACAGACAAUAAACUAGUUUCAAAUUGAU